AUGGCGUCCAAGAAAUCUAUGAAGGAAGUAUAUCAAGAGGAUUUUGAGUUCUUGAUGAAUAUCAACGAAGAUCCUAUCUCGGCCGAUAAACUCGAGGCAGACCUUACGAAUACUCUGAACAAAUUCCAUCAGUUCAAACAGAAAGCGAAGGAACUCGAACAAGAUUGGGUGGAUACGGUCAUCAAGACCACUUGCCCCAAUGAAGGUGGAAUCGAUCUAAUUCUGACAUUCAGUACUAUCUUACGGUCAGCAGAGAUUUUGCGAGGAAAGCUUCUCUGGGCGUCUCAGCGUCUCAUCAUGGUCGAUGCUGCCUACAAGUCGCUAGUAGAUAGUGAGAAAAUAAGCCAAGCCAGGAGACAGCGAUGGUUGCAAGAAGGUGGGGUGCAUGACACGAACGUGCGAGACUUAGUUCCGAUAGCCAUAACCCGCUUAGAUCAGCUCGGGCGCAUCAUUGCUGAAAUGGAGUACGAACUCAAGCAGGCAGAGGCAAAGCUAGCCGCCGAAAAGCAAGAACAGGCUAACGUUUCCAUGCACAACAUCGAUAAGGGAUCCAAAAAGAUUCAAGAGACUAUGGAAGAAAUGGAAAAUCUCGGCGGUAAGGGUGAAGUGAUCCUCAAGAAAGAACAACUACGUGAGGAAGGCGAAGAGGCAAAGAAUCUUCCUUCAAAUGCCAUCUCCGACGAUGAAUACCUCGAUAAGUUGAUCAGCGAUACGACGAGCGAAAACUCCAGGCAUGAUGAGUCACAAGCUGGUGAGAGAGAGAGCAACGGCUCUUACGAAAACAUUGCCCUCGAAGAUGCAAGAGAGGAACCGAUGGAGCAUGAAGAGCAAUAUGUUCCGGGACCGGUGGACGAGUUGGAGAUCCGCAGAGCCCAACUACAAGAUGAUCUUACGAGGCUGGAGUAUGGACUAGAGCGCUUACCGAAGCGUAGAAUUGGUGACGCGACAAGCAGCAGAGCGCAGCCGCCUAGGCGCCCUUGCACGUUUUGCAAUCAGUGUGGGGGACACUAUUCGGACUCCUGUCCAGACAUAGUGAGUGGGGCUGACAGACUGAGAUUCGUGGACUAUCAGGGUUUGUGCCGCUAUUGUCUGGAGUUCUGUGAAAAAUCUUGCAACAGGGAAAAUAAGGGCUGUUUCUACUGCGAGGUUGUCGAGAACACGAUCCUGAAUUUCCUGAUCCCUGAAGAACCACACCACCGAGCAUUGUGUACUGUGCCGGAUUCAAAAGAUAGAAUAAGACUCGAGAUUUGGCGUGUCAGGAAGGAAAUCGAAAAUUUAGAAGCCAAUACCUACCGCGCGCCGGCAGUAUCGCUACGCGACAAUAGAUACUGA